AAAAGCAAAACAAUCUUCCCCCUUGACCGGCGGUUUUUAGGUUUCUGGGGAGCGACAAAAACCCACUCGGUAGCUUCUGCAAUAGUGCGCAUUUAAAGAAAACGACAAGCUUUCUUAAAUGUUUAAUAUCGCGCGCACAAUCAGCAGCGCUACACCUCACGGGGAGCCAGUUGCCUUUCCUCCAGUCUCCUGCCCUGUCCUACCAUGACUUCCAAGCGUCUUCUCCACAGGUCCUUGGUUGGGAUGAGGGUCGGUACUGCUGCGGGCCAAGCCGGCAGCAGCAGUCAUGCAGCCGACGGCAAACCAUAUGGCAAGACCGGUGCGCCGGUGGACUGCGGGAUCAUGCUGGCGUGCAAGAGCGAUCACACUUCAGGAAGCUUUCUGUACACACUAAUGUUGGAUGAUGGCACUUUGAGAGACCCCAGAGAAGAUGUCCUUCUAAAUGGCAUCGAUUUGACAGCACCGGGGAAAGAAAAAUUCAUUUUCGACCCGAAAAUAACAGCGCGUAAUAGCGACGUGGACCACCGCAUAGAAGCCGACCUGAUACUGGUCCAGAAGAGAAGCCCAACUCAGCGCCUGGUUCUCAACGGGAAGAAACUAGAUGACCAAAUGCACACAGAGGGCAGGGGCCCAGGGAGAAGAGGCGAGGAGCCCAGGAAUGAUCCCCAGCCACCUCCUGCUGAUGCUCCCCUGGAGGACCUCGCCCCCUUGGCCUCCUCGCAGAUCCCCGUGCCCCGGAACAGGAAGCCAGCGGGUCAUGCGGACAAGGAGGUGAUGGCUGCCGCGGUGCUCACGUCUCUGUCAAGCAGCCCCAUGGUCCUCGGCGCCACUCCCGGCACUCCAGACCUCCACCGACACCCUCGCCCACAUGUCGCCUUUGAUGCUCCUCUAGCUGCAGUACCGGAACCCGCCAGCAGGGCCUGGAAGGAGUGUCUCUCUGCCAGCUACAGCAGUUCCACCAGUGGGAACUGGAGUUGGGACGCCAGUGACCAGUCGGUGCCCUCCACGCCAUCUCCACCGCUGUCCAACGACGUCAGCAAGGGCUUCCUGCUGCCUUCUCAGGGGGACGACAACGCGGAGGAGUCUGAGAUCACACAUUUCUUGUUUGAGGACCCCAUCCCCAGAAAACGCAAGAAUUCCAUGAAGGUGAUGUUCAAGUGUUUGUGGAAGAACUGUGAGAAGGUCCUCAGCACCUCCUCAGGGAUACAGAGGCACAUCCGCACCGUCCACCUGGGGCGGAACGGUGACUCGGACUACAGCGACGGCGAGGAGGACUUUUACUACUCGGAGAUCGAGGUGAACAUGGACACGCUGUCGGAGGGGCUGUCCAGCCUGACUCCCACCUCUCCUACCACCGCCACAGCCCCCCCUGUCUUCCCGGUGCCCGAGCUGCCCCACUCUGAGCCAGCGCACAUCGCCCUGCGGUGCACGCCCUGCCCCACCCCUCUCAGCCAGUCGGCUCCCUCCACGCUCUGCCACAUUCGCACUGACCACGCCUACCAGGCAGCUGUUCCCCCGAGCACUCCCGCCCGCCCCCGCUUCGUGCGCAGCGAGAGCGGAGUCAGUAUUUCCUGGCAGCCCCCCUCGGUGGUAUUUAAAGGGUUACCGGGCCCGGCCGGCCCGAUCCGGCCCAUGGGCGUCGGUGAGAAGCGGCACUCGGUCCAGCACGCCACUGUGACGAAAAGCCACCCCCCUGCCUUCACUGCAGCCAAGCCCUCGACAGGAAGCAGGAAGCCACGCGGCGAGGCGAAGAAGUGCCGUAAGGUGUACGGGAUGGAGAAGAAGGACAUGUGGUGCACGGCGUGCAGGUGGAAGAAAGCCUGCCAGCGCUUCACGGACUGAGCAGGGCCCCGGGGCCCGCAGAGAUGCGUUGGGCCAGACCCACGGAGCCCUGCGACCCUGCACUUCUGCCCCCCUCCCACCCCCACUUCCUCUUGGAGGAGAUGGAGACCCUUCUCGUGAUGAAACCCCAGUGCCCCCCUCCCCCCCCUGCCCUGACACUCUGUGUGCCACACCACUAGGGGGCGACCUUUCUCUGGCCAAGGAAUACAGGAGGCAUACACUUAGAAAACAAAAAACAAAAACAGAUUUUUACAAAAAAAAAAAACAACAAAAGAAAAAUUUGAGAAAAAAUGACAUAUUUGCUUGAGCAUCAUUGCUUUUACAUGUCGACAGUUUUUGGGGAAUGUAAACGCAAAAGAAAAACGCCUACCUGACUCAGGCGAUUAAUCUGCAGUCUGCUGGUGUGGAUUUUCUGAUUUUUCUUGUCUUCGCUGAAAGACAUUAAUGGUGAAGAUUUUCAAUAAGCUCUUUUUGGAUUCAAACAAAGUCCUCUUCCUGGUUGUCUGAUUAAUUAAGCUACUUUUUCAUUUAUGAUCUGAAAUGAAUUUACAUUUGUAGUCUGAUACCUUGAAGCAUAUGUGAGGGUCUUUCUGCAGAGGAGUGAUUAUUUGAGCUGUUUCUUACCUUAAGCUGUUGGUAUAUGCGCUCAGGUGUAGCCCCAUAUUGGCUGAUACCUGACAGACUCUUCAUUGUAAAUGUUCUCUGCCAGUGUUAUGGUUCUUUAACGACCCUAAAUAGAACAUUCCAGGUCUGUUCCUGCUGGCCAAGUCUCGAUGUUACAAACUUCAUGACUCCUAACUGAACUUUUUAACAAUUAAAUUAAUUUUGCUAUGAAGAACACUGCAUCACACUACAGUUACAGCGGAUGAUUUGGAAUUGAAUAUGCUUUCCUGACGUAGGAUAUUCAUUUGUGCUUUUUCAAUUUUCGAGUGAUUAUCCUACAAAGUUCCAAACUCAUAUGAGUCCGCAGGAGCGGAUUUCCUGCUUCUGCCCCCCCCCCCCCCAUACCUGUAAGUGGCUUAAUUUGGCUUCAUUCGUCCCAUAAAUAGACCUUUGUAUUUAAAUUAAGUUGUCCUCGCCAUACCAAACCGUCUCCUACGCCGUUGGUGACGGAUAACGCGAUAGGUGGAUUGAUGUAUACCAACAGUUUUGACGGAAAGAGACAACGGAGAGUCUUUUUUAGGGUAGCGCCCUGUGAAAAUCGUACAGUUUAUUUCUUUUAUGUUAUUUUUUAAAUUACUUGCUAAAAUAAUUUUCGUCAGCCGUACUUCUACCAAAGGAAAAGUCGAAGGCGUUCUCUACUUAAAUUCUGAGUUCCUAAAUUGCAACAAACGUUUUACAUUCCGCCCAGGAAUCCGUUAUUUGCAAAUUAAAGCUCCGAUCUGAAAGCUGAACUCAGAAGGUUAAAAAUUCGCUUUUUUUUGGGAAGCAAAUAAUAUUUUUUUUAAAGCAAAGCUUUCAAAUCUUUCUGCUUUCUGUAUCACCAAAUAAAAAUUAAGCUUUCAGACCCGAAAACUGUUUUAAGGAAAAUUUAUAUAUAUAUAUUUCUUUUUCUAUACCUCUUAUGUAGAUUUGCACCUUUUCAUAAUUUUCACUGAGUUCUUCAUGUAACUGCAAGUCCGCUUUUGAUUUGUGGUAUAUGUACAGUAGUGAAACUUGUUAAGCUGAACGUCGGGCUGUUGCGGCAUAUAAUCACAAGAACGGAAACGAAAUGUUGUCUUGACAACUUUUAGCGUUGAAAUGCAAGGUAAUUGUUUGUCUAAAUACGGAUAUGAAAAGCCAAGUUAGAGACUGCUGUAUUUUUGAUAACACGGUAUUUUUGUAACAUUAUGCAGAUGCAGUAUUAUGAUUGUAAAUGGAUUAUUUUUUUCUUGCAAAACAUUAUAGGAGAUUUUUAAACGUCUGCUUUUCGGGGGCCAUUUCUUCGUUUGUCGUGAUCCGUUUAGAAGCAAUUAAUUUUUUGUGGGAUUGUCACCAUUCGCUGACUGGAUUUGGAAAUUUUCUGGCACUGAAUGGUGCAUCCUUUGCUUAGUGGCGCUGUAACACAUUUAUACAGUUACAGAAGCCUGUUAAGGAGUUUGUCUCUUAUUGAAAUCUAUGCAUUAUUGUUAAAGGGAUUAUUUGCUUCCCAUAAACAUGGCUUGGUUUGAUAUUUGACUCAGUAUAUGCGCGGGUACCAUAAUCAGCCGUUUGAUCUCAUCAGCCCAAGUUUAAUAUCUGCUUUAACUCAGUCUUUGCCUGUGUCGCUUUCUGACGUGGCUUAGCCCUUGUGUAUAAUGACUCAGUUACUCUCAUGUAAUUAUUUACCGUAUUUACGCCUAACAGUGUGCGUGUCUGUGAGCCGAUGUCGCUCCCUGUCCUGUAGGGUCUCUGAGCUGUGAGUACCGGGGUGCUGGAGCGGAGAGGGCACGCCCCCCCCCCCCCCCCCCCGAGCGGAGACGGCACGCCACCUCUUAGGCGUCCCGUCGCUGUCUCAACACUGGAUGGGUGCUGACAAUCGCAAGACAAAAUCCGGACACCGGUGUUCUUUUUCGUUUUGUUUUGUCUAAGAAAGGGAAGAGUGGUGCUGGGUGGGGUUCAAAAAACAAUUUAGCCCCAGCAACGGAGGCCUGUACCGGUCCCGAGUCCCCCACGCGCGCACACAGCAAACUGUGUCAUGGCUGUGUCACGAGUCGAGUCGUCUUUGGAAAAUUCACCAAGUGCCAAUGGGCUAAGAUAUAUAUAUGAAAUAUAAACUAAUUGAAUUGCACUAACUUGUACUGCACAAAGAAAUGUUUUGUAUGUGGAGUUUUUAUAUACAGCAUUUGAAGAAAUUAGUUUCGGUCGUCGCUGCCUUUUUAUAUUAAAAAUACCCAGAAAACAUUUUUUUUUAUUGUCUGCUUUUUAGGGCGGUGAACUGGUGAUAGAACGGUGUUCCUAAUACAGAAAUUGAGCUUUGUGUAUAAAAGGAAGUUUAUGCAAGAUGCCAGUUCUGCUCCCUGAAGCCAGCGUUUCCAUGCUUUGUCGCCAUGGUCUGUCCCAACCUUGGCGGGGGCUGCGUUCACACUUCGCUCUGGUUUCAUAAGUGUGGUGGAAAGGUGUUUUCUCCUUAAGCUGUGCAUUUCCUCGGGAGUUUCAGUGUUGUACACCAUUUCGGAUAUCCUAUAUAUAUUUUUUUAACCUGUUUAAUGGGGAAAAAAGUAUCUGGGAAUCAGUACACAAGGGAAAGACGAGCUGGUUGAAACAAAGAUUCGCCCCAAAAGAGGAUUUCGUGUAUGGGGAAAUUAACAGGUUCGUUUAGAGGCAGUGACGAUUCGCAAUUAAAACGUAUGUUUGGCGUUUUCUUACGGAGAUAAAGAAACACGCGAUACAAUUUGCUUGUUUUUCUUUUUUUUAUUUUGUAAUAUAAAAUGGAAACUUUUAAAGAUUUUUGCAGAUUUUUUAAAGCAGUUGAAAAGUUAAAGUGAAGAUAACUUGUAAAUAUUCAGUGUAUAUUUUGGGAUGGGGUGGAACAAACAGUGAUGAAUGUAUAAAACAUCAAAAAAGAAGACUUUUCUAUCUUUUUUCCCCGCUCUUUCAGAUGUUUCUGUGAAUGUUUUGUAGGCCUUUGUUACGUUACUUUCUGCUGCAUUUUUUUUUUUUUU